AUGUCUAAUUGCAGGUUUGCUAACAGACACAUGCAGAGCCUCGCGAAAGAUGACGUUGACUUUGAUUCUAUAUGGACUCUCCUGUCCACCGCGUUUCAAGAAAUCCACGGCAAGAAUGCGUCGAAAUUGUCCUUCGAAGAACUCUUCCGCGGCGCCUACAAAUUAGUGUUGAAGAAAAAACAAGACUUGCUGUAUGAUCGGGUGGUUGACUUGGAGAAGACAUGGUUGAAAGAUACUGUCCGCGCCAGAAUAAUCGCCCUGAUAACCCCCGCGAUGGCCUAUGAUGUUUCAGAACAAGCCGGUAAUGCUCAAGCAAAUGAGCGCAGAAUUGCCGGUGAACGCUUCAUCAGGGCUCUUAAGGAUGCUUUUGCAGAUCAUCAGCUGUCUAUGAGCAUGAUCACAGACGUCUUGAUGUAUAUGGAUCGGGUCUACAGCCAAGACCUACGACGGCCGUCAAUUUUUGCGUCUGCAAUGGCACUGUUUCGAACACAGCUUCUCAAGGUGCCCCUCGGAGACAAUAGAGACGUUCUUUCUCUACUGGAGACCGUGAUACUAGACAUGAUUGAGAUGGAACGCCGGGGCGAAGUCAUCGACCGCUCUCUCGUUCGUGCUUGCUGCUAUAUGCUGGAAGGUCUGUAUGAAACGUUUACCGAGGAGGAGACUUCCAAACUCUACCUGACAUCGUUUGAACCCAAGUUCCUUGACGCCAGUGUCAACUUCUACCGAUCAGAAGGACAAGCGCUUUUGGCCGAUGCAGAUGCCAGCACCUUCUGUGCUCAUGCCCGCAGAAGACUGAGGGAAGAGGAAGAAAGAUGUCAACAGACCAUUUCGCAGAUCACAGAGAGCAAGAUCAAAAUUGUCGUAGACAAGGAAUUUAUUUCAGCUCAUAUCCGCGACGUCAUCAAUAUGGAAGGAACUGGUGUCAAAAACAUGCUUGACAAUGACAAAAUCCAGGAUCUCGGCAAUGUCUUCGACUUGAUCGCUCGCGUGGACCCUCGUAAAGGGGCGCUAAAGGAGGCUGUUCAAAAGAGAGUCUUUGACCUCGGAAGCGACAUCAACAAAGCCGCCAACGUCGCCAGUGAGGCCUCUGCACCACCGAAGAACGCGCCAAAGACAGUAUCAGAUGGAAAGGCGGCAUCGGAAAAAGCAUUGAAUCAGCAGACUCAGGCUGCGAUCACCUGGGUUGAACAAAUCUUGCAGUUGAAAAGAAAAUACGAUAGAUUAUGGAUCGAGGCGUUUAAAAAAGAUGCAGUUAUGGAGAAGGCACUAGAAGUAUCCUUUCAAGAUUUCAUCAACGCAAACGAACAAAGUCCCGAGCAUCUUUCGUUGUUCCUGGAUGAAUACUUGAAGCGAGGAGGGAAAGACAAGAACGAAAAUGAAGUUGAUGUGCUUCUUGAUAACGGCAUAUUAUUGCUGCAAUACCUUGCGAACAAGGACAAAUUCGAAACAUAUUACAAGAAGCACAUGGCGAAGCGUCUCCUCAUGAAGAAAUCAGUGAGUAGAGAUAUGGAACGGCAAGUUUUGUCGAAGAUGAAGAUGAAAAUCGGAAACCAGUUCACUCAAAAAUUAGAAGGCCUUAUUCGGGACACUGAGCUCUCCGACAAUCUCAAUGCCCAGUACAAGGACUAUGUCAAUCGACUUGGCGACCCCGAUCCCAAACGUAUCGACCUCGAUUGUCGCGUCCUGACUACAACGGUUUGGCCCUUUGAGACAUUGUUCAAGAAAGACACCGAGGAGACUACUCACCGAGAAUACAAAUAUCCUGCCUCGGUGGAAAACGUGCGUCAAAAAUUUCAGAAAUUCUAUCUGGACAAGCACACCGGUCGUAAGUUGACAUGGAUGCCUGGUCUAGGCGACGCAGACCUCAGAGCAACGUUCACGACUGGUGGUAAGACUCGUCGUUACGAAUUGAAUGUUUCCACUUAUGCUAUGAUCAUCCUAAUGCUGUUCAACGACCUUGGCAAAGGAGAAAGCCUAUCAUUCGAACAAAUCCAAGCCGAGACCAAUAUUGAAAUACCUGAUCUUAUUCGCAAUCUCCAGUCGUUGUCUUUGGUGGCAAAGUGGAGGGUGCUGAAAAAGGAGCCUAUGAGCAAGGAUAUCAAGCCUACGGACAAUUUCUAUUUCAAUGAAGACUUUUCCAGUCAAUUCCUGAAGAUCAAAGUUAGUGUGGUUGCUGGAGGGUCCAGCCGAGUCGAAAAUAGCGAGGAGCGUCGAGCAACCCAGGAGCGAAUUGACAAUGGCAGAGCUCUUAUCAUCGAAGCGGCCAUCGUUCGGAUCAUGAAAUCACGCAAGACCCUUACGCACUCUCAACUUAUGACAGAAACUAUUGCACAAGUCACGAUUCGAUUUAAGCCCGAUGUCAACAUGAUCAAGAAGAGAAUUGAAUCACUGAUCGAUCGAGAUUAUUUGGAACGAGGACCAGACCCAACGAAACCGUCAUAUGUUUACGUGGCGUAA